AUUUCACCUCAAUCAAUAGAAAUAUAUUUUGCAUAAAGGAAAUGAAAAGCAUUUUUAAGACCAUCAGUUUUUUUUCAAUGUUAUUAUUAUUAUGACAAAAUAAUAAUGAAUAACAGUGUGACCCAAGCGUGUUCUAAAAUCUUUGUGAAAUUUACCCACCUAUAUUUAUUGAAUGAAUUUAUUUUUCAUUGUCAGUCUCUUGCUUAUAGUGUUUGACUACAGUCAACCCCACUUAGUUUCCAUAGAAACCAAGCUGUCAAAAAAAAAAAAAAUACAAAAAUAAGCGAGGACUACAAAUAGGCCCAGCUAGCCUAACGUACAUGUCACAGAUGGGACGUUUGUUUGAGGAACAGUUGCCCUUUAUUGCUUUACACGCCUUGAUCCCAAAUAUAACCGCUCUGAGAAACAAUAUCCGUUUUCCUGUCGAGGAAGACAACGCAGCGCCCAAUGCUAACAAUAGGCUCUUUAGAACUACAUUUCCCGGCAGCCUCUACGCCGGCACUUUGAUGACGUCACAAUAAGUAUAUAUGUGUCCCGUGCGGCAUUCCUUCCUCUAUUGUUACAUUGUAACAAACCGGGGCAGAAGAGAGGCCCAUAGGGUCCUCGGGCCGACAGAUACUACACAUCAUUUUUGUUUUUUUUCUUUCCUUCGGAGUGGAAAUAUAACGUUGCGAUUUGUCUAAACGUAGCGCAGAACACAACCACCUAUCCGGAGGAAAAAAAACCCAGAAGGCUCGGCUCUAUUUGUUCUUUUUGAAUGCAGGCAUUUUAAAGGAUCACCUAAAGAUUUUAUCUGCACUUAUUGGAUGCAUCUGCACCGGGAUUUGUAAUUUUCAAUGAAUAAGGUCCUUGUCUGCCUUCGUCUGCCCCGUUUUAUUUUUUACAGAGCUUGACUGCAACGUUGAAUUCUCGCAUAGCCUUCUUGAAACACAAAACCCCCAUUUGUAGUCUAUGUCAAGACUAAUAUCCAUUGUUUACUAUGCUUAAAUAUUUGGACAUCACUAUAUAUCUUCGUGAAUAAACUGCUAUUUCCUUAUUGGUCUGGCCAUUUCGAUGGGCUGAAGUCGCUUUUGUCUGUCAUCUUGUAACCUUGUGGAAGUCUAAAGCUGAAAUAGGUUAAAAAUCCCCACAGAAAAGAACCAUCCAAAUAAAGGAAGCACGAAUCGAGCGACAGCUUCGCCGGUUUAAAGGCUCUCUAUUUCUGCCCAAGACCUCUUUAAAUUCCCAGCUGCUGGUUGUGGAUGGACGUGGUGCAUGGAUGCAUCUACAGAAUGGGAAUAAUGUUUGCAUUUUAAGAAAUUGCAACGUCACCUAUGCAGAGUUUGUCGAUGCUGGAAAAGAAAGACGUGAUGUUUGUGUCAUUUGUCUAGGAUGGGCUAUUUCAGUGCAGACCAGUCAAACAGGCUGAUGCAUAGUCAGUACUGUAAGACGCAGUGUUUCCAUGGAGACAGUGUCAUCUCGUGGCCUGAAGCGCAGAUUCGAGGAGGUGGACAGCGGCUCGCCGUGUUCCACACCCAAAGAUUCGGAUGAUGACAUCUCUAGCAGUGACAGCGCUGAUAGCUGCGACAGUCUCAAUGCUCCCUCCAGCUCUCUCACACCCCCCUCCAUUCUCAGAAGACACAAAGCAUCUUUAGGUCGUAAGCAGGUACGCUUUGACGCGGUGACAGUCUAUUACUUCUCCAGAAGGCAGGGCUUCACCAGUGUGCCCAGUCAGGGUGGCAGCUCCCUAGGCAUGGCACGCCAUCACUGUGCUAUACGACAUUACACCCUUGGCGAGUUUGCACGAGAACAAGAGAGCAGCCAUAAGCAUGUGCUGCGUCAACACCUACGGCAAGAAAAGCUCAACGCUCGCAAGUUGAAGCUGACACGGAAUGGAACUGUGGAUUGUCCUGAAGCAGAGUUGCUUACCCUUGACGACAUAUCCGAUGAGGAUCUGGAUGUUGAGAGUGUAGAAGUGGAUGAUUGCUUCUUCUUGCAGCCUCUUCCGACCAAGAGGCGUCGGGCACUACUGAGGGCCUCGGGUAUUGCCCGCAUAGAUGCCAGAGAAAAGGCUGAGCUGCGUGCCAUACGUUUGUCCCGGGAGGAGUGUGGUUGUGACUGCCGCUUCUACUGCGACCCUCGCCACUGCGGCUGCAGCCAAGCUGGAAUUAAGUGCCAGGUGGAUCGGAUGUCCUUCCCAUGUGGCUGCACCCGUGAUGGUUGUGGUAAUACAGCUGGCCGCAUUGAGUUCAACCCUCUUCGUGUGCGUACCCACUAUCUUCACACUAUCAUGAAACUUGACCUGGAAAAGAGAAGCCUGUUGGGUGUAAGGUCUGGAGAGGAUUGUGGGGAAGAGACAGAGAUAGUCUCUUCUUCAUCUCUGUCUCUUUCUCCCUUGGACUCGGAUGUGGAGGUGGAAAGCCAAAGCGUUCAGGAGCUGCAAGAGGAGCAGUGCGACAGCCUGGAGCGUGAGAACGAAACAGCUGUGCUUCACCUACAAAGUGCAGAGGAACGGGAAAGGAGACUGGAACAAGAGGAGCAGCAGGUUGAGGAGGGGCAGACCCCUGACCCAACCCUUUGCCUCCUGCAGGGUGCCCUCACCAGCCAAGCUGGGAUGGAGGGCAUUGAAGGUGUUGAGGGAGUCCUUCUAGAAGGGCCUUUUCCUGAAGGUACCACCCUGCUGUGUAUUGCAGAGAACCAUGCGGAUGAACAGACCGAGCAGAGGCUGCUCAAAGACCCUGCUUCUGUCCUCUAUUAUCAGGUAGGUCAUGUAGAGACAGCAGCCUUUGAGACACUUCCUGCGCAAGUAGAGGAGGUGGUGAGUGAAGGUGGGGAUCCAGAUACGAAGAGCGAUCGGCAAAACCAAGAAACCUGCGGGCAGGAUUCGGCCAAGAGCUUGUCUGUCGAAGUACCUCCACCUCUCAAGGAUGGGGGCGAAGAACAUCUUUGUCCAGAACAGGCCUCAAAUGAAGGGGAAUGUCUUGAGACGUGCCUGGCACUGGAUGAAAAGGCAGUACAACUUCCUCCAGAAGUGUAGAGCCCAUCACCUCUGCAGAUGUUUUGCACAAGUUAGUCAUUAAAUUCAAAGAGAGCCUACUCCACACAGUGCGAUAUGUUACAAGACUGCAUAAUGUUAUUAAAUGUUAAAGAAACAAGUUACCUUUAUGGGUUUGUAUCCAAUUUAGCUGGAGAUAAGUAUGUACUGUGUUUGAAGUAGGUUGUCCGUGGUAAAAUAAGUUAUUAAAAAGAAAAAAAAAAUAGAAUAAUUUAUUUAAAAAAAUUGAAAAAGAAACUCAAGAAAAGCAGAGAUCCUGAUCUGACAACAAGUGUUUGUUUUUCCAGUAUGGUAUCAGUUUAUUACUUGAUACUAGUGGGGAAAAGUGGCCUUUAUGUCGAGGAGCAAGCAUUUUCAGGAUUAUCCAGCGCCUUUGUAUGGCCUUUCCAGUUUGUAGAGUUUCCGAUACUGCACCCCAACAACUAAUUGGCACUGUCAGGAGGGUAUAUGCUAACGCUAUGUUCAUGUCUUGUCGGAAUGAUCACAAUUAUGAGAUGACAACUCUUAGCUAUUCAUAUACUCAGUUUCUAUGACAAAGCUCAUAACGUCAAAAUGUAUCCAAGCACAGCUUUGUUGCUUAUUGCAAAAAAAAAAAAAAGCAAAAAAAAAAAAAAAAAAUAAUA